UGCACUGUCGGCAUGCGACUGCUUCAUUGAACGAUAGACAUAUUUGUCCAGACAUUUUGUUGCGACAAAGGGUAAUGGAUUGGGAUCGUGUGGAGGAUUUUGAACGUGGAAAUGAGGAAUCAUCAUUUAAUGGUGAGAAGAGGAAGCUUAUUCAGCCAACAUGUCUAAAAGACCCAGACCUUAUUAAACUCAAGGAGGUUUUGUUGGAAUGGAUCAAUAGCACUCUGAAGCCUGAGCACAUCGUGGUUCAGACCUUGGAGGAAGACAUUUUUGAUGGACUGGUGCUGCAUCAUCUUCUAGCUAGAUUGGCUGAUGUGCAUCUGACAGUGGAAGAGAUUGCUGUGACUAGCGCUGCACAGAUAUCUAAGCUGGAGGUCACUCUGAAGGCCCUGAACCAGAGAUUAGGAGUCUCUGAGAGUACAGCAAAAUGGAGUGUCCAGCUUAUCCACAGUAAAGACCUGUUGGCCACCCUCCAUCUUCUUGUUGCCAUGGCAAGAUGUUUCCGGCCGGACCUGGCCCUACCCCCAAAUGUCAGUGUGGAAGUAGUUCUCUUUGAGGUCAAGAAAACUGGGAUAAAGUCAGACAAAGAGAUAGAGUACAUUACAACUCAGAGGUGCGAACAAGAUAAAAAUUCAGACAAGGGGGAUCCCAUUGAAGAGCUUCUUAAGCUUGACCCACAUAAAAUUUCCACAGUGAAGAAGGCCAUCUUAUACUUUGUUAAUAAGAAUAUGUCAUCUCUGGGCCUUCAGGUGACAGAGAUUGAAAAACAGUUUUCAGAUGGUGUCAUCUUGCUCUUGCUAAUUGGACAGCUGGAAGGCUUUUUCAUUCCUCUGCACGAGUUCCAUCUCACCCCAGUCUCAAACUCUGAAAUGCUUCACAAUGUGACUUUUGCUUUGGAUCUCCUCAAUGAUAGAGGAAUUGAGACGACCAGUGUUGACCCUCAGGAUAUUGUGUCCCAGGAUCUGACUGCCACCUUGAAAGUACUUUAUGCCUUGUUCAGGAAGCACAAAAACAACUGA